AUGAAUAAUUUUAUAUUGAUCGUGAUUUUAAGUUGUGUGGCACCCGUGGUGUUGCCAACUAAAUAUAUUAUCCCGAAAUGGAAAAAACAGCCUCUAUAUCGCAAGAGUGCGCAGGCGUGCGAGCUGCCGGCGGUGCAGAGCGAGCACAGCCACUACGUGUGUGAUGACAAGGGUGAACCCAAGUGUCACCCUGGAUGGCAAGGCGACCUGUGUGAUGUCCCGAUCUGUAAGAAGGGCUGUGAUCCUUUACAAGGGUACUGCAAACGUCCUGGCGAAUGUCGUUGUAAGCUAGGGUUCUACGGGGAGCGCUGCAACAAGUGCAUACCCCUGCCUGGGUGUCAACACGGCUACUGCAAUGUGUCAUUCGAGUGCGUCUGCAGGGACGGAUGGGACGGCAUAUUCUGUUCUGAACCUAUGUGCCGUUCAGACUGUCACGCCACGCGCGGUUUCUGCGAGUCACCAGGCGAGUGCAGAUGCCGCCUUGGCUGGGCAGGCCCGACCUGUCGAGCCUGUCAGGUCCUGCCAGGCUGCCAGCACGGGUACUGCGACAAGCCGCUAGAGUGCAAGUGCUUACCGGGCUACACUGGACUGCUGUGUCAAACACCAAUUUGCGCCCCUGGUUGCCACGGUGAGCGCGGGUACUGCAGACGCCCGGGGGAAUGUCGCUGCAAGGUUGGCUGGACUGGGCCGUACUGCGCGCAGUGCCAUCCCUACCCUGGUUGCGUGAAUGGGACGUGCAACCGCCCCUGGGAGUGCAUAUGCAAGAAGGGCUGGGGAGGCAUGCUUUGCGAUGAAGAAUUAAACUACUGUGAGAAGAACCCAGACACCUGCAAGAACGGUGGCCAGUGCCAAUCACUAGAAGCCGCAGAUGGCCACUACAGAUGUCACUGCCAAGCUGGUAUCAGCGGAAAGCAUUGCGAAAAACUCCCCGAUAGCAUGAUGCCUGAUAACUCCACUGAAGCAGAUGCUCCAGGAGCUUCAGAAGGUGCAGAAGUAGUAGAGGCACCAGUUCCAGAAGUACCAGAGGAAGUACAAGAAGUAGAAGAAGCAAUAGCUGCUAAUAACACUGUGCAUACGAGUUCGUCACCAGAGCCAAGCAAUGAUGAAAAUGAGACUGAAUAA